AUGAGCAAGAGAAGCUUUGGUGGUGUCUCUCGGGAUUCUGGGAAAAGAAAGAAGUUUAAGUUAUCAACCGGAUUUUUAGAUCCAGGAACCUCUGGAAUAUACGCUACAUGUGCCAGAAAGCAUGAGAAACAAGCUGCUCAGGAAUUGAGUAUUGUAUUUGAAGAGAAACUGGAAGAAAUGUAUGGCGAUGAGCUAAAGAAGAUCAAUGAAGAAAAAAAUGAUGGAGAAGAUGAUGAUAAGGAAGUUGAAGCCCUAUCCAUUGAGGAUGAGGUUAAGCGUGAGUUGUCUCAAUUGAAUGGUUCUAAGGACUCGUCUAAUCAAGGACAAGACAGACAAAAGGAGAUUUUAAAAUUUAUUGAUUUGAGUUGUGAAUGUGUGAUAUUUUGCAAGACUAGAAGACCUGUAGUGCCUGAACAAUUCGUCAAGAGUAUUAUGGAAGAUUUGGCUGAUCCCUCGGAUAUGGCUAAGAGAACCAGAUACAUUCAAAAACUGACUCCAAUAACUUAUUCCUGUAGUUCAUCCAUGGAGCAAUUGGGUAAAUUGGCCGCUAAAGUUUUGCAGCCGCAUUUCCACGAUCCAAGUGUUACUCAAGAUUAUAAAUUUGCUGUAGAAGUGACAAGAAGAAACUUUAAUACUUUAGAAAGAGAUGAUAUUAUCAAGAAAGUGGUUUCUGAAGUACUUAAUGGUAGUGAACACAACCACCAAAUUGACCUUAAAAAUUAUAAUAAAUUGAUACUGGUAGAAUGCUUCAAGAACAACAUCGGAAUGAGUGUAGUUGAUAAAGAUUACAUUACAAAAUUCAGAAAGUAUAACGUUCAACAGAUUUAUGAAAAGAAGUUGAAAGAACAGAAUGAGAAAUAA